AUGGCAAAUUCCUCUGCUCAAAAUGUUCAAAUUGCUGCGGAUCUUUCUUCUCAGCCAAUCGUCGACUCAGUUCUCGAAGAGUUUCGAAAAGAAUGGAAGACAGAGCUUAAAUCGAGGAAACUUCAACAGCAAGAAAGCUCAGCUGUAUCUGUUCCCGUGGUUUCCAGUGCUGGAGGUUCAAAAACGUAUACACAGCCUUUGGAACAUUUAGAAGAAACAAAAGAUAGAGAUGUUCAGUGGAUUAAAGGCAAAUCAACGGAAAAUCAAAAUGCGCUGGAUAUAUAUAUCCAAGCAAUAGUGUUGGAGCGUGAAGGAAACCUGGGAGAAGCCCUUAUAAAAUAUCGUCAGGCUUUUAAGCUUGACCGUCACAUUGAUUAUACUUACAAGAAACAUUAUAAUGAUGCAAUGCGAGAAGCGACCUCUGACAAAGGUUCAACAUCCUCCGAAUCCGCCAAACAUUUCGAACAAGAAACGAUAAUGGCACGAGAUUCAUCUUCAAGCAAGGAUACGUUGAAAGAAAUUCUUACUAGUUCUACAAUAAACGAUCCAGCAUAUGAUCUGGUCGAGUCAUUACGAGAUCAAAUACUCGAUUAUGAACCAUUGGAUCCCAACAAAAACAUUCCGAUUGCGAAACUGCCCAAUGAAUUGGUUUUGUGUAUUCUCAAACAGCUGCUUUUAUUAAAUGUUGCAUCUAUCGGGACAUUUUCGUUAGUAUGUAAAAAAUUUUUAUUAUUAUCGCGCGAAAAUUCUAUUUGGCGGUUUGCAUGUCUGCGCGCGUUCCGUAUGGAUCUCAGAGAUGCGAUCUAUAUUUUACAACGAGAUGUAAUGAAAAAGUAUGGCAAUGAUUGGCGUAGAAUGUUCAUUGAAAGACCGCGAAUAAGGUAUGACGGAGUAUAUAUAGCGACUUGCUAUUAUCUAAGACCUGGUUCUGCUGAGAAUGUUUGGAAUCAGCCAAUUCAUCUAGUAUCCUAUUAUCGAUUUCUACGAUUUCUCCCGGAUGGCACUUGCAUUAAACUGCAGAGCUUUCACGAACCGAAAACAAUAGUAAGAAAUUUUGGAACCGGUUAUAAUUCCAAGGAUCUUUUGAUUGGUCGUUGGGAAUUUGAUGAAACUAAUAAUCAAGUAAACAUCAUAUUGCAAGAGACGAGCAUUAUGAAACAUACACGAUUUAUAACGUUGGCUCUAAAGUCGACUUCACGUGGAAAAAAUAAUAAACUUAAUUGGAUCGAGUAUUAUGGUAUUAAUAAUAUUACCGGCGAGAAGGGGAUUUUCAAUUUAAAGAAUGAUAAAAAUUUUGUAUUUAGUAGG